AAUUGAGCCUAUCUAAUCGAGAACUGGAUAUUGCGGUGUGGGCUGUGCCGUGACAAUGGAAUAUUACGAGUAAUAUUUACUUUAUCAAAUCCAACAUCGUUUAAAACGGUUCUGCUAAGAUAAGUUACACUUAGUAAUAAAUGUAACUCAGUUGGAGACUCACGUGGGGACAUAAAAACGUGUUUAACGUUUUUUUUUUCGUCAUUUUUUCAUGUAAAAAUCAAAAAACGCCCAAAAAACACGCUAAAUUGUAUUCCACAUCUGGUUAAGUUCGUCGGAGGAUCCUCAUCCUCCUCCUUCUAUUCUUGAGUUAAUAAAAGUUAAAAUAAGCUUGAUGUCGAAUUCCACAACUACUACUACAUCGACUCAACUUAUUUUGAAUUUUAUUAAUAAUGAGGGCUAUAAUAAUAAUAGUAAUUAUAUAUGUCUCAAGAGUAGAAGGGUUUGGCCUAGCCAAUGAUGACCAAAAAAUAACCAUAACCAACCAAAAUUACCUCCAGUCUCUGGAUAUGCGGUUUUUUGAAUCAAGAAUCAACCAGGAUCACUUCAACAUUGCUUCCAUCGAUUUGCCAUCAAAUGAUUUCAUCGGUAUUGAAGAAGAUGCCCUAAUUUCAUUUCCUAACCUAACUCGCCUGAACCUAACCAAAAAUAAGAUUUCUUUUGUUUAUUUCAACGCGCCUAAACUACGAUCCUUGGACUUAUCGGAUAAUCAGGUCGACGAAAUAGACUUGGAACCGUUACAUUCGUUGAUUGCUCUACAUUUAUCUGGAAAUAAGUUUACAAAGGUGGAGUGGACACUUGGAGAUUCACCGAUUUCUGAAAUUGACUUAUCGUAUAAUCUGCUACUGGAGGAAGUGAUAAUUGAGUCUGAAAAUUUGGAAACAUUGUCAUUGCAGCAUACAAAUAUCAAACAUUUGAAAUUGAAUGCACCAAAAUUGGAAUGUGUGGAUUUCCGUGAAGGAAAAAUUACAGCUAAGGGGGAUAUUGAUCGAUUGGAAGCCAUAUGCCAGAUGAACAUCAAUAGGAACUUUAAAGUUUUGUAUUAUGACAGCAACGAAAUUCAAACUUUUUACCAUUGUUCCAGUUCAAUGGAUGAAAGUGAUGAAGAUAGUGACAUGAUUGAUACAAUCGUCCGUGCUCCUAGAAGUCAUUCACUUGUACAAAGUGAUAAUGCGGAUUCUAAUACAGAUUUGAAGAAAAUUUCAAUUCCAUCUACAUUAUCAUCAUCAAACGUACCGAAACCUGCCAAAAGGAAAAAUUCAGUGAACUGCAACUUAUCAACGCUCAGGAUUGAAAUCGAUGAUAUAGUUCUGUCUCCAACCGAUUAUUUCCUUCUGGAGAUCAGUUUCUACACCCUGGUUAGUCUAAUCAUACUUUUAAGUAUUGGUAAUGGGACUGUUGCAUACCUAUAUAUUCGCAACAAAAAAUAUCAACAAUAACGAUUGUUUUUUGCAUUGUAGUAGUGCAAUAUUUAUUUUAUUUCAAUGUGUUUUGCCAUAUUGACUUGAAAACAACUAGUUUCAAUUGAUUUUUAUCUAGUGAAAUGUGUCAAAAAAUAAGAAUUAUACACUGACACGUUUCGCAUAAAAUUUGGGCAAAUUAUACAAUUAGAAAUAGUGGUGAAACAUGUUGAAAUGAAAUUGAUAUUGUACUACUUUAUUGCAAAAUAAUUGAAAUAUAAACAAGACAAAAAAAAUACAAAACAAACAAAAUAUUAAAAAUAAUACAAUAAAUAUAUUUUCUGUAUACUAGUAAAUUUAAUAUGAAACUUGAAGGCAAAAAGGUGCGUCAUGUUUUGCAAUAAAUGUACUAAACAAA